AUGACAUACGUAGUGUUUUUAUUAAGUGUAAUGUUUGUGAUGGGGUUUGUUGGGUUUUCUUCUAAGCCAUCACCAAUUUAUGGAGGGCUUGGGUUGAUUGUUAGUGGUGGGGUCGGGUGUGGUAUUGUUUUAAGUUUCGGGGGUUCAUUUUUAGGUUUAAUGAUGUUUUUAAUUUAUUUAGGGGGGAUGUUGGUAGUUUUUGGGUAUACUACUGCGAUGGCAACUGAGGAGUAUCCUGAGACUUGAGGAUCGAAUGUUAUGAUUUUGGGUAUAUUCGUUUUAGGGGUGUUAAUAGAGGUAGGUUUGGUUGUGUAUAUAGUGAUGAGUGAUGGGGUUGAGAUUGUGGUUGAUUUUAAAAAUAUGGGGGAUUGGGUGGUUUUUGAAGGGGACGAGGUAGGAUUAAUCCGGGAGGAUUCUAUAGGGGUGGCGGCGUUGUAUAGUUAUGGUAGUUGAUUGAUGGUUGUUGCGGGUUGAUCUUUAUUUGUUAGUAUUUUUAUUGUUAUUGAGAUUACUCGUGGGGCUAGG